CUAUUCUUGUCCCAUCUGUCCCUCACCUAACAGGCAAGAACACUUUUAGAAACGUUAAAACCUUUAUUCAGGGUUUCAGUGUUAAGUGUAGACUAGGAACUGUUUUAGGUUGAAUUAGUUUGGAGCUCCUAAGAUAGAGGAAAUAACAGGUAGAGAACUCAGGAACGAGACUGAAGGAGGGAAUUCAGAAAACGAGUACGAGAGGAAACAAGUGAAAAAGUACUGCGAUUGAAGGAGGAAAGCGGAUUCAGGAGGACACCAAGGAGUGUGUGUUUUCUCCAAAGCUGAAGAUGGCUACUGCGUACACAGUAACUCUCGGUGGCUCCGCACCAUGGGGCUUCAGACUACAAGGAGGAAAGGACUUCAAUAUGCCACUAAGCAUCUGCAGGAUAACUCCAGGCACUAAGGCUGCAGGGGGCAGUCUAGUCCAGGGUGACAUCAUUGCAUCGAUAAACGGCCUCAGUACAGAGGGCAUGACGCACCUGGAGGCACAGAACAAGAUUAAGAUCGCUUCCAAUAAACUGACCCUCACCAUGCAGAAGUCGAAACGUCCCGUCCCUAUUCCCAUGGCAACACCCAGAAUGGACUCCCCCAUGCCAGUUAUCCCUCACCAAAAGAUCAUUACGAACACGGCUGGAAAUCAGGAGUAUGUGCCCAACUUUAACCCCAUAGCUCUGAAGGACUCGGCUCUGUCUACCCAUAAACCCAUCGAGGUGCGCGGCCCGGGAGGCAAGGGCACUAUCGUCCACGCUCAGUACAACACCCCUAUAUCCAUGUACUCACAGGACGCCAUCAUGGACGCUAUUGCCGGACAGUCACAGUCCAAGGGCCGUGAGGGUGAUGUACCUGCUGGCUCCCCCCUGGCUGGUUCCCUGCCUGUGAAGGCCCCAGUGGUUGACAGUGCGUCUCCAGUCUACCAGGCUGUGAUCCAGCCACAUGACAGAGACGAGGAGAUGGCCGAGUGGGCCAGACGGGCUGCCAACCUGCAGUCCAAGAGCUUCAGGAUCCUGGCCCACCUCACCGGCACCGAAUACAUGCAAGACCCAGAUGAGGAGGCCCUGCAGAGGUCAAGGGAUAAGUUUGAGUCGGAAGUGAAAGGACCUCGCUUCCAGAAGCUGAAGAACUGGCACAACGGGCUCUCAGCUGGGAUCCUCAAUGUCCCCGAGACUCCCUUCUAAUAGAUCUAUCAGAUCUAUCCUUUACCUUUGGAAUGUUUGGAAUGUUUAGAAUGUUUGGAAUGUUUAGAAUGUUUGGAAUGUUUAGAAUGUUUGGAAUGUUUAGAAUUUCUUUCCUUUUUCAUUCUUUUUGGUUGUUCUGUCUCUCCUAACUGAUAGGGAACUGUACAAAAACAUAUUUCAGAGAAAUUGUAAAAGUGAUCAUGUAAACAUACACACACACACUCGCCAACACGCACACAUGAACACAACUAUGUACACAUGCUAACUUAACAAAAAUGCACACACAAAUUUCAAAUGUACUAUUAUCAAUGUGAAUAAAUAUUUUCUUAAACCAAA